AUGGUCCAGGUCAGGUAUUUCGAUGCUUUUCCUAAGGAGGAGAACUUCCGAUUGCCGCGGAUGUCGCCCAGUACGGUAGUGUUUUUUAUUUUAACACUCAUAGUGCUAUGGCUGGAAUCGACCACAUUCAUGGGCGCCCACCAGGACUCGGAGUUUUCAGUGCACAAGGGCGUGGCCGACACGUUCCAGGUUAAUUUCGACGUGACUGUGGCCGCGCCUUGUUUGCAGCUCGAGGUCGGAAGCUCAGACGUGUCUGGUGACCGUUUGCUGAUGGGACGUCUAUUGGAUAUUCGACCAUUACGAGGAGACGACGAGGUGCCGUCAUUUUUUCUCAUUGGCUCAGGUUGGACAUCUCAGUUUGGGCACACUGUGCUUGGCCCCGAAGAGGAGUGGUGCCGGUUCUCGGGCAUCUUCAACACCAAUAGAGUCAGAGGCCAAAUAUUCAUUCGCGCGGCCCCGUGGGGCGGUCGUCUUAAAGCCGCAGCAGCGCUCAACACCUCCCACGGAAUCAACGAGUUAUCAUUUGGGCCUUACUAUCCUUCGAUGCAGAACCCGCUGGACGAAACUGCAGCCGCUGCCCCCUCAUUGAACCAGGGGUACUUUUACAAGCUCAACCUGGUGCCUACUGUGGUCCAGGGCUUUGGAGUUGAGAUGUUCACUCACCAGUAUUCUGUUGAAACACUUCCAGUCAAUCCUCGCGUUUUGCCCGGUAUUUAUUUCGAGUACGACUUUGAGCCGAUUUCCGUCACGCUGACCGACAGUCGUAUGUCAUUUUUCCAGUGGCUAUUUCGGAUCGCCAAUAUUGUCGGAGGCCUCAAAUUCGGCAUAUCCUGGUUCCUACGCCGUAAGGCUGACCAAAAUGCGGAAGAUAUUCAUGAUGAGUUCGAUGAAAAGGUUUAA